AUGCCUAGCGAAAAGCAAGCUAUAGAUGUCGCUCUGCAAAAAAAGGCAAUUGAGAAAAAAAACAGACGAAAACACUAUGAUGAUUUACAAGUACAAGGAACAAAUAACUCAUCGAUUGUUUCUAAACGGUCGGUGGAAAUGUUAUACACUAACAAAUUAGACCUUGAUGUUGGCGAGUGGUUCAAAUAUUUUGUUCCCAAGUGUAAGAGAAGGUCUCCCGCAAUAAACCGUGGUUACUGGAUAAGAAUGGAAUCUAUCAAACAAAUUAUUAUGAAGAUUAUUGAUAAGAACCCAAAUGAGAAAGUGCAUAUUAUAAACUUAGGAUGUGGGUUUGACCCUCUUCCUUUUCAAUUAUUAUCGAAGUUUAAGAAAAGGAAUAAAAGCAUCUGCUUUAUUGAUAUAGACUAUCCUGAACUAGUCAAAAAUAAGCUUUCUAUGAUUAAAGAUUCGCCUGAAAUUCUCAACCUUAUAGAUAAAGAAUCUGUGGACCAAGACUUCAAAACCACUAGCAUAUUACUUUCUACUGAUGCUUACAAACUCGUUGGAUGUGACUUGAAAAACAAACAGUUAUACGCUGAACUAUUAAGCACUUUAGUAGGGAACGAUGAUGGGAUCAAAAUCUUUGUCGCCGAAGUUUCACUAGCAUACAUGAAACCCGAAUUUGCAAAUCCAAUAAUUGAGUGUUCUUCUAAAUUAAGUAACUCAAAUUUCAUUAUUUUGGAGCAAAUACUUCCAAAUGGGAAAUACGAUGCAUUUGCUCAAAAAAUGUUAUAUCAUUUCAAUCAUUUGAGAUCGCCUUUGCAAUGCGUUGAAACGUACCCUCUUAAAAAAGACGAAAUACGAAGGUUUAGAAAUUUCUAUCCCUUUGUAGAGGCUAAAAAUUUAUUUGAGAACUGGUGUCUACUAAUUGACGACAAGAUGAAAGAGAAAGUAGACGGCGUUGAACCCUUUGAUGAAUGGGAAGAGUUCAUUACUUUUUGUCAACACUAUAUUAUUGUACAUGCAAGUAAUGUGGAUCAGUUGGUCUAUCAGUGCGACGAGAACCCACUCAAAGCUAAGGAUGCUGAAAGUUCAUAUACAAUUGAGCUUGAGCCAGUCCAUGAUAUCAGGAAUCUUGAGAUUAAGUUUCCAGGGAUCGCAUCUCUUCAGGAUGAUAUUUUAAUACAUGGUGGAUUGCGAUCCACUCGUUCCCAUUCCACAAUGAUACUAAAGAACAACGAACUACGUGAAAUUGAACAGAAGGGUGAGAUUCCUGCGGCAAGAAUGUCACAUAGUCUCACUGUAGUAGGCAACCAAGUAUAUUUAACCGGAGGCAGAUCCAAACCUCACAACGUAUUCAAUGAUGUGUACAGAUUUAGAAACGAAGAAUGGGAAAAUGUUGGGGUACUUCCAAAAGGUAGAUCAAGACAUGCUACAGUGGCGUUGAAUGACCACGAGUUUUUGAUAUUUGGAGGCCUUGAGGAAGAUGAUAUAAAUGAUUUGUUCUUAGUGUAUAAUGUUACAAAAAAUUCUUACAAGUCAUUAAACGUUGUUGGACAUAUUCGCAAUUUCAAAAGUUGUUCUAUGAUAUAUAAUGGAUAUUAUGGACUCAUAAUAGGCGGCAUGUUCAACAAAUAUAUCCCCAAAAUCAAUGAUACAGUUUAUCGAUUCAAAAUCAAUGGAAGCGAUAUUUACAUAGAAGAGAUAACAAAAGAUAAUAAUUUCAUGCGGCUUGGCUGCCAGGCAGCGUUUGUGGAGGAUAAUAAAAUCCUAAUAUGCGGAGGUGUAUCUCCUGUUCAUCAUAUAGGCGCAUCUGAUUUAGUUAUCACAUUUGAUCUUAGGCUGCAAAUAUUCAAAACUGUCCCAUUCCCCGAGCAUAUUUGUAUCAACAACCCCCCGAUUUUGAUCGGAUUUGGAAUGGUCAGAUCGGGAUCAAACCAAUUAAAAGUCUUGGGAGGAGGUGCUGUUUGUUACUCUUUUGGCAGUUGCUACAAUUCUGUAUAUUCCAUAAACUAUUAG